GCGACAGGCUGUGCGGAGCUGGGGUACGAGGUGUUUGCGGGGCUGGAGCAGGCUGUGUGUGCGAGGCUGGGACAGGCUGCGUGUGCCGGACCGGGACAGGCUCUGCGGCUGGGGCAGGCUGGCUGACCCGCUCCGCAGGCUGACUUCCACAGGCUGCCCUGGGAGCGAUUGGUCCGUGCGGAUCAUGUGGGAGAUGCCGGAAUCCCGAGUUGUAGUAGCUCUUGGCACUCCUUUUUCGUUGCAAGCGCUCGCUCCGUGCAGCUCCYUGGGGCUCAGAGCCUCCCGGCUUCCCUUGCUCCGAUCGCGAUCUGAGCAGCGCCGCGGGACGGCCGGGGCGAGCCGAGGGCAGCGAUGUUGAAGCCGGUGCCCCGGGCGGCGGGCACCGCCUGUUUCUACCUGAACGCCGUGUCUCCCGAGGGCCAGGAGCUCUUCUGGCGCUGCGAUCCGCCCGCCCGGCGCCCUCCCUACAGGACCAGCAGGAUUCUCGCCCGUCACCAGCUGGUGACGAAAAUUCAGCAAGAAAUCGAAGCAAAGGAAGCGUGUGACUGGUUACGUGCAGCUGGAUUUCCCCAAUAUGCUCAGUUCUAUGAGGACUCCCAGUUUCCCAUUGACAUUGCUGCAGUAAAGAAAGAUCAUGAUUUUCUUGACAAGGACCUUGUAGAACCUCUUUGCAGACGACUGAACACACUGAACAAGUGCGCCUCAAUGAAACUUGAUGUGAACUUCCAAAGAAAAAAGAGUGAAGAUUCAGAUGAAGAAGAACUCUGUGCUAUCAGUAAUAAAUGGACUUUCCAAAGAACCAGUAGACGAUGGUCUCGGGUGGACGACAUUGAUGCUUUGCUUCACCGAUCAGACAGACAUGGCUCUUCUGGGGACAUUAAAAUGAAGAAUACAACAAGCCGUGAGAGCAUCCUUACAGAUCUGAGCGAACCUGAGGUCUCAUCAAUUCACAGUGAGAGCAGCGGGGGCAGUGACAGCAGGAGUCAGUCCGGCACCACCAGCGCUGCCAGGGACGCCUGCGACUGCUCUGGCCACCACGAUGUGGAAAGCACCCUGCUGCAGGACUUGGCUGCAACAAACACUGCCCUGCCCCCCAAGAAUGGCCUGAAGAGUGAAAAUCCACCACGAGCCAGAGCAAAAACCUUUCUGAAAUGCAUGGAGACACUAAAAGCAAAAGCUGUGCAUGGAAAAGUAAARGGCUUGGGAAGAGCAGGUCCUUUAGAGAUCAGUGGGCCGGUUCUCCAGUUUGAGCCGAAAUCCUUGAAAGACAUGCACUGUGUACAGAUAGUCAAUGGCGAUCUCCAAAAUCUGGGACAAGAUUCAGUGAAAAGAGGACUUCCCUUUUCUGCCAAAUCCAGCAGUGAGAGCAGUCAAUCAGGAAACAGCAUCAGUGGGGUGAGCACGCCGUGUUUGAAGGAACGCAAAUGCCAUGAAGCAAACAAGAGAGGUGGGAUGUACCUAGAGGACCUGGACGUUCUGGCAGGAACRGCCUUAUGGCAAGUGGUGGACCAAGACAGCAAAAAUGAAUUUCAUUCCCAAGAGAACUUGGUUGUGCACAUUCCUAAAGAUCACAAACCAGGGACCUUCCCAAAGGCACUUUCUAUCGAAAGCCUCUCACCUACAGACAAUAGUAACAAUGUAAACUGGAGGACAGGCAGCAUCUCUUUGGGAAAGCAGAACUGCUCUACUCCAAAGGAAUCUGGACUGAUGGCUUGCUGCCCUAAAGAGAGCAGAAUUAGUAUUUAUGACAACGUCCCAGGUUCCCACUUGUAUGCUAGUACUGGGGACCUCCUGGACAUAGAGAAAGAUGUCCUUUUCCCUCAGUUAGACGACAUUUUGCAGCACGUCAAUGGACUUCAGGAGGUGGUGGAUGGCUGGUCAAAGAAGGUGUUGCCAGGUCUGCCGGUCAAUGAUGUGUCAGUAAGGGAAUCACAAUCAUUGCCUUUCCCGUCACCUACACAGAUCACUCUGGAUGUUGAAGGAAACUCCAUGUCUGAUGGCCAGACCACCCCGAGCGACAUGGACAGAGAUGGAACAUCCCUCAAUGAAUCUGAAGCCACUGGUGUUAGGGACAGGAGAGACUCUGGGGUGGGAGCAUCGCUCACGAGGCCAAGCAGGCAAUUACGAUGGCAUAGUUUCCAAAUCUCUCAUUGCCUGAGCCGCUCCAUUGCAUCACUUCACAUCAGCAACCAGUCAGCAGCACAGCUGAAUCUACUGCAAAAAUUCUCUCUGCUUCGUCUCACUGCUAUAAUGGAAAAGUACUCCAUGUCAAAUAAGCAUGGCUGGACCUGGUGA